GCUGAGUUUUGAGCCUCAGUGUUAGGUUGGCCUUCGCUGUGACACCAUGGUACGGAAAACGGCAAGCCACGCCCUCCUGCUGGUACUCGCCUUCUGCGGCGCCUCCUCCGUGCAUGGGGCAGAGGUGCCUAGCUUACCUGACAUCUGGCUGGUCGUCGAAGAUUCUUACGACUCCAAUGUCAUGGUGACCUUUCCUGACCUGAAAGUAGGCGCCAGCAUGAUAGUGGACGAAGUCUAUGACAUCAACGAAGAGCAAGGCGUUUUGGUGACGACCGAGCAUGGCAAAAUCACCAAGACAAAUUAUUAUACGAAGUCAAGCCAGACGUUCGUGGUGAGCGGGACGGACUGUGAAGUGGGAGGCCUGGUCGACCACAAGGGCUACCACCUGUGGGGCUGGCACUACGUGAGCGACGACCCCAACGGUAAGAAGAAUUUCCUCUACGGCCCCUCGGCGCUGCUGAGGCUGGUCAGGGACUAUUCGAUCCAGAUGGAAUACAAAGGCAUCGUAGAGGUCCGAGGCAUCAUGGCCGAUCACUGGUUCGUGGAGACAAGAGAUAACUAUACUCUUGACUACUACUUCGCCGUCGACGAGUGGCAGAUGCCUUACGGACACUCUUUGGAGGGAAUUAAUCUGAAGGCGCCGCUGCAGGUGAAGGUACACGGUCUGCAAAAUGACCCAUGGGACGAUUCUAUACCGAGUUUCCUUCAAGAUGUCGUGUAUGACUUCAUCGUCUUCAAACCCUACGUGGAUGUCUCAAGAUAUAGGAUGUACCUGGUGGAGGGCGGCCUCAACUGCAAGAACCGCGUGACGAUGGACCCCGAUAAGCUGUCCCCCCCGAGCCCCCCGAACAAAUUCCAGGUCUUCCUCGAGAGCGUCGUGAACUUGAAGGGCAGCCAGGCACAAGCGGCGCCCGUGGUUUUCCGGUCUUGGAUGUACUAUGACAACAACACACAACUCCUUCGUCUUGACAUCAAUCCCGACAUGGAUGCCGAUGAGCCUGUGUCUCCCUAUAAAAGCAUUCACGAUUACAACACAGGUAUUCACUACAAGAUCGACCAAGUAUCUGGGCAGUGUGAGAUGAUGGCGCUGGAUGCUGAUGAUUUUGGCAACACUAUAGGUGAUCCCGUGUUGGGGGAUGUCAUCAUGGCCAAUCCGGAUCAGCUGUUUCAUUUGGAUGAAAGGUACAUCUUCUCAGGCUACAGCGAGACCCGUGGCAUCAAGACCUCGCGCUGGUCGGCGACACGAGACGAUAUCCGAAACCCCGAGACCGGAGAAAACUUCAAGGUGGCGGUCGUCGACUACCAGUUCCUGACGGAGGACAUGGCAGACAUCGGAGAGCAGAAGGGACGACCUCUCCCGGUACGACUGGACGUGACGAUCUACCGGGACGACAACGCCAGCGCCAUUCUCUCUAGAUACACCGUCAACCUCCUUCACAUGCAAACCUCUUUCCUCAGCACCAAUUUCAACCCCUUCGACGUGAGGGAGUGCAUGGACAUCCCCUCGCAACGCACCUGGGUCAAGAUAACUUAUUCAGGUGUUUGGGAGCAUGGAGCUUCACAAAAACCGGACGAGUUUAAGACAAUUUUACUCAGUCAGAUCCAAGGAGGUACGGACGCUUCUCCUGUUAGGUUACCGGAAGUACAGCUGGACCACGACCAGGAACUUGUGUUUGCCACCGUGCUGUUGCUGGAACCUGCGCCUUACCACCUGCAGUUCAAAAAACUCGACGACAGGAAACCCACUGAUGAUGAUACACAGUUAACCACGGCGAUUGGCGAUGACGACUUGUGUGCCAGCGACUGUCUGCGUUAUUCGAAAUUCCAGUGCAAAUCCUUCUACCAGUGCUCAGGCCUCGGCAGAAACUGCUUCGUCAGCAACUACGUGAACUCCGGAGGCAGCGACUUCCCCGUCAGCAAGGCCUGCAAGCACUACAAGCGCGCGGAGAUCAAGAACACCAAGUACCAGAAACCGAACUGGGAGAUCGUGGACUGGAUCAAGACCAACGUGGCGGAGGGCAAGAUGCACAUUCAGAUCUAUUACGUCGAUCAUGAUGGCAUUGAACACGAGGGCAUGUUCAACGCGAUCGGCACCGAGGAGCAGCUUCUCGGCGAUGACCCCAUUUUAGUGGACUUGGUCAGGGACGACUUCCACGUGGCGUAUAAACAGGGCUAUCUCAAGAACAAGUACACGGAGCUCAAGUUGCCGAAGAUCAGCUACGCCCUCUGCAUCGCCGCCUGCGAGAAGCAAAUGGGCUUCCGAUGCGAGACGCUCUCCUACUGCUACGGCGCCCAAACCUGCUACCUGGCCUCCUACGUGGUCGAUACGCCGGUGCAGGAGGCGGACGUCAUUCGCAAGACGGACUGCGUGGUGGUCGGACGAAGCCACACAGACGACUACGAGAAGGUCGACGGAAUGGUGUACACGGGCGACGCGGACCUCGUAAUCAAAAGCACGGAUGCGGACAAGUGCGCCUACCACUGUUCGAACGUUACCUCCAUCACUUGCAGAUCCUUCGAUUACUGUCAGAAGGAAAGGAUGUGUUACUUGUACGAACAGCGAACCAUCGAUAUGCCGUCUGAUUUGCUCAAUCAUACGGUGCCCGACUGCUCACACUAUAGCCGUAUGUGUUUUGUUUAUGCUGUUUGCGAAGACGAGCCAGACUACGGUUGCAACGGCUUCGACUACUGCGAGGAACCCGAUGACAUCACCUGCUUCUUGACGUCAGAUCACUACACGGACGAAGGCGUCGAGAUCGGGAAUUCCCCGACUUGCUCUCACUAUUCACGCGAGUAUUACGACGGGAAGGACAUGAACGCUUAUGCUCACAGCAGGAGUAGCAAGUAUAUUUACGGCCCGGGUGACAUGGCCGGCCUCGCUUGCUCCAUGUUGGUUAUUGCAAUUGCUGCGACAUUCGGUGGAGUCUAUGCCUAUAACAAAUACUUCAAGAAAUAA